GCCGUACACAAGGUGUUUGCUGGAGUUGCCAAAAGUAUCUGUCACUCAUAUACGGAGGAUCGUCAGCGCAUCCAGUACGACACCACGUAGCAAACUGGAUAAAGGCUUCAAAUUCUACGUGUCGUCAUAUCUUUGCAACUUUGUAUUAGGUAAAAACAGGGAGACACAUGAGAUCUCUGUGAGAGCCCAAUGAUGAAAACAAAGCCACCACACCAGCUGAGAAUCUACACUUUACAAGGGCAACAGCGGUGAGCUACCAGACCCAUCAACCCUCAACCCACUACCUGCCUAUGCUGACAUGGAACCAGACUCUCUUCCCCUUAUGUGCAGAAUGAACAUCACAUCCGACACACCACUCGUUGACUCCAUUUUUGGCAAGGUACAAACUGGCAGUAUCCUGUCAUAUCAACACCCACCACCUCCACCUGACAGUGUUGUCAUCCAUGAGGAUGCACCACCAUUCCCAAAAGUGCCACUGGGCAGUUACCAUUUACAGCCAACAGACUGUAAGUACGAGCCAACGGAUCAAGAAAAGCUGCACCUCAGUUCACUGCCUGUGACUUUGUCACAGUCACACCUUAUUGAGAUGCCAAAGUGCAACACCCGAGUGGCAUUCACUGAGGAAGGAGACAGUGACUGCUUCACGUUUCCGGGAAGCAAGCCAUGUUAGUGGUACAAGCUCUGCAGAAAAACUGGCUGAAAGAAUCAUCAGAGGGACAAAACACACUACACUAAUGAAAAGGUGGCUGGAGAUGGAAGCAGGUGCAUUGAAGGACUAUGCAGUUCUAAAAAAUCUAAAUUGGACUAAGUGUGGGCUUGUCAUUCAUCCGGAUGCACCUUGGCUGGGUGCAAUGCCUGAUGGGCUUGUAUAUGACCCACUUGAGCGACCAUCAUUUGGUCUGGUUGAAAUUAAAUGCCCAAAUGUAGCAAGCUAUGUAGACUGCAAGUUCCUGAGAGCUGACCAUGGCCUACAUAAAUUGAAGGAAAGCCAUUGUUAUUAUUGGCAAAUCCAGGGACAGUUACUCAUCACAGGCAUGGCAUGGUGUGAUUUUUUAAUCUGUGCCCACGAUGACAUUUUUGUGCAGCGCAUUUCCCGAGACAGCACUGUGUUAAGCUCCCUGAAAGACAGAUGUGAAUGGUUUUUCUUUAACACAUACAUGUCAAUAUACCUUUCUGAAAAGUAACUGAACAGACUCAUGAAUUCUUGCAUGUGUCCUCUUUCUGAAAAGAAACUGAACCACAUGAAUUCUUGCAUUAUUGUACAUUCAUUUAUUUUGUCAACUUUCUUAUUUACAAUAUUGUAAUAUUAAUUGUCACAUAUAAAAAUGGAAACAUAUCAAAUUAUAACAUUGAAAAAUACAUGAAUUUCAUAACAUACUUCAUCACAUGUGUUCAUUUUGUGUGAGUGUUUGUGUUAAAGGGAUGUUUAGGUGUAAGUUUAAACCAUGUGACACUGAGUAAGAGUGUUCACUUUAAAAUAGCCAUCCAGCUUGAUCUCUUGGGGGGGGGGGGGGGGUCUUAAUCGGUGUUACGGUGUGUUAGACCAUGGAUUAAAUUUACACUGGAAUAUCACUGUAAGUUUUCAUGAGUGUUCAUUUUAGGGUUGGGAGGAAAACUUUUCCACAAAUGACAUCUGUCCAUUUCUGCAGCAGCACCAAGAUCCUCCCAGUGGCAUUGGCAGCUCCCUCUUGACCUCAGCUGUGACCCCCCUCCCCCACCUGACCUCAGGGUUAAUGUCACUGGCCCCGCCCAGUCCACAGAAGCCCCGCCCCCCGUGGUCUGUGACUGUGAGAACCUGAACAUGAUGAAGAUGCUGAAGGUGAUGAAGAUGCUGCUGCUGUUUGGACUCUGCUGCUCAGGUGUGGUCAAAGCGUCAGAGCUGGCCUUUCUCAAAGAGCCCAGUGAUGUCAUCGCAGUGAGGGACCGCCCCCUGAUGCUGGACUGUCAGGUGGAGGGGGAGGGGCCAAUCUCCAUCACCUGGAGACGGAAUGGCGUUCCCGUGGAGACUGGCGUCCGGGCGGUGGUGCUUGGUAACGGGACGCUGCUCAUCAGGAACUUCUCCAAGAGACGAGAGGGUAACGAGACGGGUGCCGGCGAGUACGACUGCGCCGCACAGAACCACUACGGGAUGUUGAUCAGCCGCAAGGCUCGAGUCCAGCUGGCCUCACUCCCCAAGUUCCUGUCUCACCCUGAGUCUGUGGCGGUGGGGGAAGGGGGUGUGGCCAGACUCACCUGUCAGGUAAAUGGAAUCCCAGAAGCCAACAUCACGUGGCAGAAAGACCAACGCCCCCUGAGCACCGCGGACCCCAGGUACACGCUGCUGCCCAACGGCGUCCUGCAGAUCACCGCCGUCCGGCAGACAGACAGCGGCUUGUUUCGCUGCGUCGCCUCAAACAUCGCCAACACACGAUACAGCCACGAGGCCCAGCUGUCUGUCACCGUUUCAGGAUCCAGGACCUACAGAGAGCCCGUCAUCCUGUCUGGUCCUCAGAACCUCACCAUCAACGUCCACCAGACGGCCAUCUUGGAGUGCAUUGCUACAGGAAACCCGCGUCCUAUUGUGUCCUGGAGUCGCCUCGAUGGGCGGUCAAUUGGCGUGGAGGGGAUCCAGGUGUUGGGAACAGGUAACCUGAUGAUCUCUGAUGCCACGCUGCAGCACUCAGGAGUCUACGUCUGCUCAGCAAACAGACCAGGAAGCAGAUCGAGGAGGACGGCGCUCGGACGCCUCGUCGUACAAGCUCCUCCGGAGUUCGUCCAGUGGCCUCAGUCCGUCUCGAGACCAGCAGGGGGCAGCGCCGUCUUCAGCUGCACGGCGUCUGGCGCCCCUGAGCCACAUCUCAUCUGGCUGAAGAAUGGAAAACUGCUGACGCCGAGCGGCAACGUCAAGCUGACCAACGGGAACACGACUCUGGCCAUCACCCGGAUCACCCCCGAGGAUGAGGCCAUAUAUCAGUGCAUCGCAGAGAACAGUGCCGGCACCAACCAGGCCAGCGCCCGCCUCGCCAUCAGCCAGGGACCCGAGCUGCCCGAGGCCCCUGCCGGCCUCCAGGCCACGCCCCUCGGCCCCAGCAGCCUGCAGCUGACCUGGGAACAGCCGACCGACGCCAACCAGCAGAUCAUCGGAUACGUCCUGCACAUCAGGCGACUCGGAGAGCCGGACAGCGCGGAGCUGCAGGAGGCCGUCAGCAAGACGACCUUCAGACACGAGGUCGACAACCUGGAUGCAGCCACCACCUACUCCAUCUACCUGAAGGCUUACUCUGCUCUGGGAGGAAGUCAGCAGUCCAACACCAUCACUGCCACCACCAAGGGAGGAGUUCCCAGCUCUCCCAGUUUCUUCACUACAGUUCUGAACCAGACGGCCAUGCAGGUGUACUGGGAGCUGCCCAGUAAGGCAGGGCAGCUGGAGGGCUUCAGACUGGAGUACCGCAGGGUUUCCAACCCAGACAUCCAGGGACAGGAGACCUUCCCAGCACACAUCAACACACACACCAUCUCACACCUGGAGCCGGCAGAAGUUUAUGAGAUCCAGCUGGUGGCGUUUAAUGGGAAUGGAGACGGACCGUCCAACCGGCGCCUGGUGUCUCUAAUUGAGGGAACAAAGACUGCUGCAGGUGGUCCAAGCUGCAACUGUGAUCAGAGCAACGGCUCCGUGUCCACCCUGCUGGUCGGAGUCCACAGUGGGCUCGCCUGCAUCCUCUGCUGCCUGCUCUUCAUCCUGCUGGGCUACAGACGCAGUCUCUUUUGCAGGAAGGAGGUCAGCUGGGUGACUCCGCCCACCCUGAAUGGUGUCGGAGGUCCUAAAGGUCACACACCUGAGAGCAUCGAGCUGAACCAGAGGUCUGACCCCACCCCUCCUCCAGUGAUGGUCAUGGUUGAACCGACCCAGCCCAGCACAAGCACCGGAUAACACGAGACACACCUCCUCCUCCUCCUCCUCCUCCUCCUCCUCCUCCUCCUCCUCCUCCUCCUCCUCCUCCUCCUCCUCCUCCUCCUCUUCCUCCUCCUCCUCCUCCAGCCUGUGGCCUCCUCUCCUCCUGACAGCCUUACAGCCGCUCCAGCCUUUAUGAAUGAGUGAUGAGAGUUUAUUGAUAUAUAAUUGAUUUAGAUGUUGAGUCUGUGUGAGGAACUUCCUGCGAGCGUCUGAUUCAGCAUGGGAACAAAAACCUUCCAAUGCCUCGAGCACGUCAGAGUCUUGACUGCAAUUCACGAUGACUUCAGACAGAAACCAAAGCUGAAUUCUCCUGAUCUGAUCUUUAAAGUUAUCAUUUGUCUGAACACGACUGCGGUAACACGACUGCGGUGACAAGAUUGGUUCCCCUGUUGUAUCAGAUGCCGACGCCACAGCUUCCUGGAUGCUUCCUGUUGUAACCAAAACCUUUUUCCUUAAGUUUGGGGUUAUUUUGAGUUUGUCACCAUCGGUGCCGAGAUUCUUGAGACGAUGAAGCCUUCCACUGGUCUGACCAGAGACGGGGUCCUCAGAUAGACCUACCUGAGCAGGUGUGGGUCCUCUGAGGAUCAGAGCCAAAGGGAUGAUGCUCUGGUCAGCAGGUGACUGUGGAGGACGUUAGCUUCUCUGCUCUGCUUUAGCUUCAGGGUUUGUUUGUCUCACCGAGUUUGCCUCCAGUCAGGAUGCAGAGGAAGUCAACAGCUGGCUGUUCUCCUCCUCCUCUCUCCUCCUCUCUCCUCCUCUCUCCACCCCUUCCUCCUCCUCCUCCUCCUCUGACUCUCUACCAAACUCUGUACCUCCAAAGCGAGCUACCUCGAACUUCACGCCAAACGCCUUCAUGUGACUGUCAGCAACCUGCUGCUGGUCAAGCUAACCUACCUCAAACCAAAAGGCUCCUCCGGGGCCACGUUGCUGAUGUCUUGUGCCUGAUCGUGAUCCAGAACCCGUUCAGACUCUGAAUGUUACUGGUCUGAACCUCCAGUGAUGGAUCAGUCCUUCAUCCUUAAAGACAAGCAGAAACCACAGAGGACCUCAGAUAUCUUUUGCUUGUACUCUUGUUUGACUUCCUGUCUGACUUCAACAGAGUCCUCCAGUGCUGCUUACAGGACCCAAGUCCUGAUCCAGAUCUUUGUUCCAACAGACUCGGAGACCUGCAGGGUCUGGGGAGGGCAGUCCGGAGCUACAACAGAAACCUGAUCCAGGUUUUCAGGUCCCAAAGUCACCUGUCGGCUGCACCUCUCAUGUUUUGGGCGGUGUUAAUGAGCCCAGUAAUGAAACCUGAUCCAGGUCUGAGUGUUCAGGUCUAAAGUUAUUUUGAGUCCUGACCUUUAAAUCCAAAACACUCCCCAGAGCUUUUCUUCUGCAAGAGAACAGAGAUCAGCCUCUAGAGUCCAAGAACUGACAUCAGUCCAAAAACCAUGUCCAGGUCCUCCAAAGAGUCACUGAUCUGUUGGAACGUUUGGGUCCUGAAGCUCACCUGAGAUGUUGGAGGACGACUGUGUCCUGGUCGUCAUGGAGACGUCGCCUCCUCCUGAGCAGAACUGAUGAGUCAGUCGACACCUGAGGACGACCAGAUGGACCAGUAAAGUUUGGAUACUGUGGACGUCUCAGUGUGAGAUGUCUAGUCCUCGUCUGCCUCAAGUGUUUCAUGUUUUAUUUUUGCAGAGGCGGCCACUUCCUGUCACCUGGCUGCAGGUGUGUGCAGCCUCGUCAGUUUAAACUGAGCUGAUGUUUCUAAAGUCUUCGUGUCGACGAACAGCAGCUUGUAGCUCUGUAGUUUCAGCCAAACUUCCAAAUAUUCUUUAAAACAAGCUGAAGGACGUCCAAAGAGAAAAAAGUUUCACCGUUUUCAAAAUGUUUGUUUUCAUUUCCUGUUUCCAGAGAAGAAGAACAAACUGGACCAAAAUAAAUCCGCAGAUCAGUACUGAACACGAUAAAUGUAUAUUUUCAUACAUUUGAGUAUGAAGAGUUCAAUGAGCCAAAAAAAAAAAAAAUGAUGAUAGAAACACUUUGACCAAAAGCUGAAGAGCAAACCUCAGUCUGUGUUCUGUGAAGCCGACACCGGUCCUCCAGAACAAAGACCCGAGGACCGGUACAGUACUGUAGAAAUACUACGUGUGCUGCAGAACUCACUGACACUUCAGUGAGCUCUUCAGCCAUCGAGUCCCUUCAGCUAGACUCACGUUGCGUCAGACGGACCGGGCCUGUUCAGGGUCGAAGGUCAGAGGUGACGUCAGAUCGAGCUGCUCUCAAACCAGUCGAGUGUCUUUGAACAGACUAAAAGUUUUAAUGUCGGCUGAUCUUCUUUCUUCUUUCAGUUCUCGUUUUUCUGUUGCUGCCAUUCAGCUCUGAAAAUGAAAUUCUGCCAAAAUGAAAAUGUUUUUGUAUUAUUGAUAAUAAUAUUAUAAUUAUUACAAACUGACCUUUGUUGGACUUUUUUCUGAUGAUGUUUGUUGGCAGCUGAAUGAUGUAAAGAUGCUUUUGAAUUGUAGAAACGUGUUUUCGGCUGAAGGUAGACAUAUUAAACUGGACGUUAGCCAUAUUUAAUAAUAAUAAGCCAUCCAUGUGAUUUCUGAGCCAUAUUACACAAUGUUUUAUAUAAAGAGCUGAUUUAGAUAGAAUUCAUUCUGCCUCUGCCUGUCGACACGCUGUAGGAUCGUAGAGACUAGAACCAAUGAGAGAAGUGAUGCUUUAAUAUUUCUGAUUUCUUUUCUCUUUAAACAUUUUAUUUUCAUUAAUGUGUGAACAAAAAAAGAAAAGCGUCCCGAAGCUUUAAACAGAACAGAUGGGACUGUUCUCACACUGAAGAGUUCAUGUAGACGGGUUAGUGAAGACGAGUCGUUCUUUGUAUCUGAAUUGUUUCCUCUCUGAUGUUUAGACGAAUGAAAACCAAAUAAACCUGAAGUA